UGCUUAGGGGUCCGGCCUCGGGUCCCGGCCAAGGCGCCUUCCACCGUAUCCGGGAUGCACGCCUCCUUUGCGUCCAUCCUGUGCGCAGCCUCUUUUAUAUUCAUUUGUUUAUUUGAAAGAGAGAGAAAAACAGAGCAGUCUCCCAUCUGCUGGAUAACCCCCGGUAGUCGCAAUGGCCAGGGCUGGGUCAGGCUGAAGCCAGGAGCCAAGGGCUUCUUCCAGGUCUCCCACGUGGGUGGCAGGGACCCAAACAUUAGGCCAUCUGCCGCUGCUUUUCCCAGGCCACUAGCGGGGAGCUGGAUCGGAAGAGGAGCAGCCGGACAGGAACCAGCGCCGGUGUGGCAGGUGCGGCUUUACCCCCACCGCAGGCCUUUUUCUACAGCUGCUUCCGCUGACUCUGGCAACAGUCCUGGGAAGGCACCCGGCAAGGAGAGGCCAGUUAGCCUUCCAUUUCUGGAAGAGGAAACUGAAGCGCUGGACAGCAGUAUAAUCGUGUGUGUUUCUCUUUCGCAUGGAACAACAGAGAAGGCUCCUUCCCCCACCUAUCCCACUAACCCCCAUGCCCUCGAGGCCCUGGUUCUGGGCCAGCGGAAUGAACAGGGCCAGAUCUUUUUGUUCAGGCGUCGCAUUCCGUGGCAGGGCCGUCUCCACCUCUCCGAGGAACAUGGGCGACUGUGGCAGCCUCCUGGCGGGAGGAACUCCUUGAGGACAGCAACAGUUGCUUCCCAAAGCCCGGGACUGACAGAGUGGACAGUGAGAGAGAGAGAGGUCUUCCUUUUGCCGUUGGUUCGCCCCCCAAUGGCUGCUGCGGCCGGCACACCGCGCUGAUCCCAAGGCAGGAGCCAGGUGCUUUUUCCUGGUCUCCCAUGGGGUGCAGGGCCCAAGCACUUAGGCCAUCCUCCACUGCACUCCUGGGCCACAGCAGAGAGCUGGCCUGGAAGAGGGGCAACCGGGACUAGAACCCCGUGUGUGGGCGCCUCUAGGUGGAGGAUUAGCCUGUUGAGCCACGUCGCCGGCCCCCCAAUGGAUAUCUUAACAGGAUCUCAGAACUUCAUGAGAGAAAGCAACACAUAACCACAGAUGAGGAUGCAGUGUGAAGCAGGACAGGACGGUCAGAAGAAGGACCUGCGAAGAAAUUUGCUGUGACAGCAACAGUGGUCUCAUCGGACGCCCCAUCUCCUUUUUCAUCCUGAAAACGUAAGCUAGAGUGGAGGAGUUAGGCAAAAAGGGGCACAGGAACACAGGCGGAGAAUCUGAAACCGUUUUGUUUGUUUGUGUUUUUUGCUUGAGCUUGGUUUCCAGAGGAUGUUGAAGUUUAUCUUACUACAGUGUACUCAGCGGAGCCAGGCCACCGGAACCCAAGGACUUGUUGAAACUGCAAGGAAACAGGCUGAGUCAGAUCUUUACUGCCUAAACUGAACUUCUUCCUCUUUAUACUAAAUCCUGUGCCCAGGGGAGGGGACUUUCCACCAUGUGCUGGCACACAUGUAUGAAGAAGCACGAAGAUGUAUGUUGCUUGCCUGGUAUGAGCAGCAGGGGCCUUCCCCCUUCUUUUGUGCUACAUCCUGGACAGUGCCCUAACCCUUGGUACCGAAGCCUGGCAAACGGCUUCUCCGGGAGGCACUUUUCUUUUCCAGGACUACACCUUCCUGUUAUCUCCUUUACUUGUCCUAAUCACAAGUCAGUGAAGCUGGAGGCUGAUUAUCCUGCAAGCCACGAACCCCUCGUUGCCACUAGAAAAAAUGACACAGCCAACGCACCAAUGGCAAUCCAUUUCGUAACACAAAAAUGAGAGCUAAAGUGUGUCGGGCCCAGGGCAGGCACACGCGAAUGCUCCACCUGGGCACAACUCCUCGGCUUCUCUGUGUAGUAGAGUGGGUGAGCUGGCUGGCAUCCUCAGGCACCAGCAUCUCACUGAUAGCCUCCAGGGACCCCUGGAAAGGUAAGGAAGAAGAUACAUGAGGUAAUCCUCCAGGAGCCCUGGGGUAGGAGGAAGAAGGGAGAAACAUACACAAUAUACUGUUCAGUGUUCCAUCCACCAAACAUCCUGGACCUGUUGGAGCACACUCCUAACUUCCCCAUGAAACAUGAGCGCCAUGUUAGGCCACUGCUGAUUGGUUCCUGGCUGAGCCAAUCACAUUCAAGCUGUGCUGAUUCAUGUAGAAUACCUCAUUAGUGUAGACCUCGACCAAUCAGAUGAACUUCCUCCUUUGGAAACAUACAAAAAUAGGAGCCAGGCAGUCUUGAGAGGCAGGUGAGGGGAUGCAGCCCUUCAGGGCGGGCAGUCCUUAGUGGGCAGUGUCUCCCGCUGCAGGACAGCUUUCCCUUCCUCUUUGAAUAAGCAUGCAGCCUUCACUUUGUUUACUCUGUGGUCAUUCUUCAUGGUCAAGAGAACAAGAACCAGACCAGAGCAGAGAAGCGGUAACACAAAAGACUGCAACACUUGACAAAUCCCGCAGAGAACUUGUGUGACCCAACGGGAGAGGAGAUGUCUGAAGAACCCUGCAAGACGAAGAAUCUGCCACAUUUCUUGGUGAUGAGCUCUUGCAACACCAACACUUGAACUCUUGCAACAUCGCAACUGGACUCUUGCCUCGUUGAGACUCCCCAAACUCUGCUGCAGGGACCGGUGCUUCCUGAAUUUCAUUAUCGUACUGAUGCUCAUAAACCUGUGGUCUACUUCUCAUCAUCCGGGUUUCUGAAAAGUACCUGGAACCUCAGCCGCUGUCAGCCAGGAGACUUUGGCUCCUUCCCAUGAUUCGGUCAGCCAGCCUUUCCGGAAGUUUCUGCCCCGUAGUUGGGGGGCUCCCUCUGCAUCACCACUCAGUAGGGGACUUCAAACGUCACCUGGAGGAGGACUGCAGGCUCCUGGAGGGGGCGGUGACACCUGCCAAGGCCUGAGGUCCAAAGGGAGGAGAAUCCCCACCUGGCUUCAGUGUCCACACGGAACAACCCUUCAUGAGUCUCGAUGCAGAGGCGUCCAUGGCUGUGAUAAGCCUGCUGUUCUUGGCAGUGAUGUACGUGGUGCAUCACCCCCUGUUGGUCAGUGACCGGAUGGACCUGGACACAUUAGCCAGAAGUCGGCAGCUGGAGAAGCGGAUGAGCGAGGAGAUGCGCCAGUUAGAGACAGAGUUUGAAGAGAGGAAGCGGGCAGCGGAGCAGAAGCAGAAGGCCGAGAACUUCUGGAGGGGAGACACUUCCGACGACCAUCUGGUGCUGGGGAAGAAAGACAUGGGGUGGCCGUUCCGGGCCGACAGCCAGGAGGGGCCGCUGGGCUGGAUGCUGGGCAACGCGUGGAACGCUGGCCUCUUUUGCCUGUUCCUCAUCUUUGAGCUCCUGCGGCAGAACAUGCAGCAUGAGCCGGCCUUUGAUUCCAGCAGUGAGGAGGAGGAAGAGGAGGAAGUCCGGAUCGUGCCUGUCACCUCCUACAACUGGCUCACCGACUUCCCCUCGCAGGAGGCCCUGGAAUCCUUUUACAAACACUAUGUCCAGAACGCCAUCCGUGACCUGCCGAGCACCUGUGAGUUCGUGGAGAGCUUUGUGGAUGAUCUCAUUGAGGCCUGUAGGGUGCUCAGCCGCAGGGAGGCUCACCCACAGUUGGAGGACUGCCUGGGCAUUGGCGCUGCCUUUGAGAAAUGGGGAACCCUCCAUGAGACCCACACAUUUGAUGUGCUGGUGCCCAUUGUCCCCCCGCAAGGCACCAUGUUUGUCCUGGAGAUGAGGGAUCCAGCCCUAGGCCACCGCUGCGGCAGCGUGCUGGUGGAGUCGGAGUGCGUGUGCAAGCGGGAGAAGCUCCUGGGCGACGUGCUGUGCCUCGUGCACCACCAUGGGGACCACUCAGCGGGGGUGGGGAAGUGUGGCAGCUCCAUCAAGGCAGCUCUGUGCAGCGGCUCCCACCUGGAUGUGUGCAAGACCGUGCAGUGGUUCCGCAACAUGGUGGGCAAUGCCUGGGCCCUCGUGGCCCACAAGUAUGACUUCAAGCUCAGUCUCCCACCAUCCACCACCUCCUGCAAGCUCAGGCUGGACUACCGCUCGGGCCGCGUUCUCUCAAUGCAUCUGGUCUUGGGGGUGCAGCGGGAAGACACCUUGGUCUACCUGGUGAGUCAGGCCCCUGACCAGGAACAGCUCACCAGUGUGGACUGGCCCGAGUCUUUCGCGGCCUGUGAGCACUUGUUUCUGAAGCUGGUAGGGCGCUUUGCCCCCGAGAACACCUGUCACCUCAAGUGCCUCCAGAUCAUUUUGAGUCUCCAGGAUCAUCAGAGCUUACCUCCCGGGGCAUCCCGCCCCAUCCUCACCUGCUACCACUUCAAGACGGCCCUGAUGCACCUGCUGCUGCGGUUACCCCUCACGGACUGGCAGCACAACAUGCUCUCUCAGCGGCUGCAGGACAUUCUUUGGUUCCUGGGCCGUGGCCUCCAGCAAAGGUCCCUCCAUCAUUUCCUCAUUGGUAACAGCUUCCUACCCCUAACCAUCCCGAUCCCAAAGACAUUCCGGAAUGCUGAGCCUGUCAAUCUCUUCCAACACCUGGUGCUAAACCCCGUAGCACAUUCACAGGCAGUGGAAGAGUUCCACAACCUUCUGACCCAGGUGAAGACCCUGCCCUGUGCCCCACUGGCUGGGGCAUCUUAAUAUAAAGACCAUUAAAAAACAAACAAAAAC